AUGACGAUACCUAUUUUUUCCAGAGUUCAUGGAAUGAUAAGGCGAAAUGGAUAUUUGCUGAUUUGCCUAGCAGCUUUUCUAAUAUUUUCAUUAUAUUUAUACAAUGGAAUUGAUACGGGUAACGAUAUUGUUGUGAGAAGACAGGUAAUUUUUUGAGUUAGUAUUUUUAAAAUUAAUAUAAAUUGAAAGUUCAGGAGUACAUUGAACAGCUGAAAAAGAAAGUCGAAAAACUUGAAGAUAUUGCAAAUAACAAUGAAAAACAAAUAGAUCAACUGGAAACUGAUAUAAAAACGGUGAAAAUCGAAAGAGAACGAGAAUUGAAAAGCCAAUCUGCUGUUGAGAAAGUCGAAGAUAAAGCUGCUGAAGUUGAUGUUGCUGAUGAAGUUGUUGUUCGAGGAGAUCGACUUGCUCAUAUUAAUCAAAUACAUCAAAGAACUACGCCAUCAUUGAAGAAUACUUGUGGAUUACGAGCUAAUUUGAGCAAACCUGAUAGCUCUCUUCAAAUGUUAGAUCUUUAUGAUGUUUGGAAGUUUGAUAAUCCUGAUGGUGGAGUUUGGAAACAAGGAUUCCCGGUGAGAAAUGUCUUUUCUAAUUAAGUAAAUUAUUGAUUGUUCAGAUAACAUAUGACGAAGAAGCUGUUAAAAAAGAAGAUCGACUUGAGAUUGUAAUUAUUCCACAUUCACACUGUGAUCCUGGAUGGAUUCAGACAUUUGAAGGAUAUUAUGAAAAACAGACUAAAUUUAUUUUGGAUGGAAUGGCAAAACAUUUAGAAAUCAAAGAUGGACUCAAGUUUAUCUACGCGGAAAUGUCAUUUUUUGAAAUGUGGUGGAAAGAGCAAAACGAAGCUACUAGAGAGAAAGUCAAAAAAUAUUUAGAAGAUGGGAAAUUCGAAAUUGUAACUGGUGGAUGGGUUAUGAGUGAUGAAGCAAAUGCACAUUAUCAUUCAAUGAUUGUUGAAUUAUUCGAAGGUCAUGAAUGGAUUAAAAAUCAUUUAGGAAAAGCAGCAAUUCCAAAAUCACAUUGGUCAAUUGAUCCAUUUGGUCUUUCUCCAUCAAUGCCACAUCUUUUAACAUCUUCAAAUAUUACAAAUGCAGUUAUUCAACGUGUUCAUUAUAGUGUUAAACGAGAACUUGCUUUGAAGAAAAAUCUUGAAUUUUAUUGGCGACAAUUAUCGGGAAAGUCUUCACAGAGAGAAGAUUUGCGAACUCAUAUAAUGCCAUUUUAUUCGUAUGAUGUCCCUCAUACUUGUGGACCUGAGCCUUCAAUUUGUUGUCAAUUUGAUUUCCGUCGUCUUCCAAAAGGUGGAAAAAGUUGUGAUUGGGGAAUUCCGCCAAGAGAAAUCGAUUCGAAUAAUGUAGCUGAAAGAGCAAAAAUGUUAUAUGAUCAAUAUCGAAAAAAAGCGCAACUUUAUAAAAAUAAUGUGAUUUUUGCACCAUUGGGAGAUGAUUUUAGAUAUGAUAUUGAUUUUGAAUGGGAUUCACAAUAUUCGAAUUAUAAGCAAUUAUUUGAAUAUAUGAAUUCGCAAAAAGAUUGGAAUGUUCAUGCACAAUUUGGAACAUUGAAAGAUUAUUUCGAAAAAUUAGAUAAACGUUUGAUUGAAAAUGGAAAGAAAUUGGAAACACUUUCUGGUGAUUUUUUCACAUAUGCUGAUAGAGAUGAUCAUUAUUGGAGUGGAUAUUUUACAUCUCGACCAUUUUAUAAACAAUUAGAUCGAGUACUUCAACAUUAUUUAAGAUCUGCUGAAAUUGCAUUUUCACUUGCAAAUAUUGAAGAAGGUGGAAUGAUGGAAAAACCAAUAUUUGAGAAAUUGCAAAGAGCAAGAAGAGCGUUGGCAUUAUUCCAACAUCAUGACGGAGUUACUGGAACUGCUAAAGAUCAUGUGGUAUUAGAUUAUGGAAGGAAAAUGAUUGAUGCAUUGAAUGAUUGUGAAGAUGUUUUAUCGGAGAGUUUUAUUGUUUUGCUUGGAAUUGAUAAUACGAAUAAAAUGAUUGUUGAUGAGACAAGAGUUAAUGAAAAUGUAUUACCGGAGAAGAGAGUUUACACAAUUGGACAGUGAGUUUUUCAAAAAAUAAAAAUAAUAAUAAUUGGUUCUGUAAUCGCACAGAACGCUCUAUUCAAUGUUUCAAAAUUUCAUAGGACCUAACUUGGAUAUAUGAAAAAUGCCGUAAAAUUAACCAUUUUUCCAGAAAUGUCGUGAUUUUCAACACUCUUUCUCGUCAACGAAGUGAACCUAUUUGUAUCCACGUAGAUUCUCUCGACGCAGGAAUCGAAGCAGAUCAAGAUAUUGUAAUUUUUCCGUCACCACUCCUUCCCUUUCAAAAAAAAAUAUAUAUUCCAGGCUAACCAACAAAUUGCGCCAGUUAUUCAAUUCGAUGAAAAUGUUCCAAAUCUUCUGAAAAUCAAAAAAGACACAUUCGAACUUUGUUUCUCUGCGAAACUUGGGCCAAUGAGUACUGUAGCAUAUCGAAUUGUUAAAUCAACAAAUACCAAAAAGGCUAAAAUUUCAACGAAUUUUGAAAUAUCGAUUGAUAAUUUUGAUAGACGCAAAAUUUCGGGAGAAUUUAAUUUGGAUAAUGGAAAAAUUAAUGUUGUUUUUGAUGAGAAUUCAGGAAUGGCAAAGGUUUGUAUAUAAUUUAAAAAAAAAUAGAAAAACAUUAAUUUUUUGCAGAGUAUAACACAUCAAAUUGACAAGAAAACCAUUAAUUUGAAUUCACAAUUUAUUCAUUAUGGAGCAAGAAAAAACAGAAAACACUGUAAGUCAGGCAGAUUUGAAUGGAAGUCUGGAUACUGUAGGACCUUGAUAAACUACUGGAUUACUGUAGGUAGUGUAAAUAGGGUUACUGUAGAAUGGAGAUGGUUGUUGAUAAAAACGUUGUUGUUGUUGAUACAUUGGAUAACCAUUAAUUAGUAAUGGUUGAGUUGGAUUCAUUAAUUCGGGAACUCCGAAACGAGGCCGAUAAAAUGAAGAAGAAAUAUAUGGAGAAGAGGAAGAAUCAUAGAUUUGUUGAUGUUGUUGAGAUGAAUAUUGAGAUUGAUCUAAAGAGGGAAAAAUUAGAGGGUUUUGGGAACAGUGGAAAAGUUACCAUAGGUUUUUCUUAUGUAUAUUUCACCAUCAUUUCUUCCACUAUAAGGAGAGGGCCAAGGAUCUGAAAUAUUCAAGAAUUUUGAAAGGAAAAUACGUGUCGAGCUAAAUGUUAUUCUAUCCAAACUCGAUUUUAGUUUUCAGAAUCUUUUUAUUGAAAUAAUCCUAAAGUUUUACUCUUAAAAAAUUAUCUCGAUUUUUUUCUGAAUGAUUCCAUCCUUAAAUUUUCUAGGUCAACAAAUUUCUCCUCAAAACUCACUCGAAUAAACUUGCGAAUUGUAAAAUGUCUGCGACAUUGCAAAAUUUACCAAAAAUCCAAUAAAAAACAAGAAUACACUCCACAUAUUUUUAUUUUUCAGAAAAUUAAUUUUAAACACAAAAUAUAACAUGAAAAGAUGAGAGAAUAAUUGAAUAAAAUGUAAUAAGGUCAAUUGAUUAAUUUAUCCUAUUUGAUUUCAGUUUCAAAUGGAAAUGAAGACAAUCCGGCUGGCGCAUAUCUUUUCUUACCAAAUGGAGAAGCGAAAAUAAUUGAACAACAACAAUCAAAAUAUGUUGUAAUUGAUGGAAAUGUUGUCAAAAAAGUUCUGAAUAUUCCGAAUUCCGAGCUAAAAGUUUUGCAAACUUUUUCGAUUUAUGACAAAUUGGAUUAUUUGGAUUUGGAUCAGGAGAUUGAUAUAAGAGCCAGGGAUGACUUUGAAUUUGCUUUGAGAUUUUCGUCGAAUAUUGAGAGUGGAGACACUUUUUAUACUGAUUUGAAUGGAUUGCAGGUACAUUUUUUGACAAAAAAAAACAAUAUUUUUGAAUGUUUUUUUUAGAUGAUAAAAAGAAAACGACGAUCAAAACUUCCACUUCAAGCAAAUUAUUAUCCAAUGUCAGCUGGUGUUUUUAUUGAAGAUGAUUCAUCUCGUUUAUCAAUUCAUUCAGCACAAGCAUUGGGUGUUAGUAGUUUGAAAUCGGGAGAAAUUGAGAUUAUGCUCGAUAGAAGAUUGAAUAGUGAUGAUAAUCGAGGAUUGCAACAGGGUGUUAAAGGUUGGAAUUUUUGAGGCAUCUGAAAUUGUGGGAGGGGGAGAGGGGGUAUUUAAAAUUCAAUCUCGAUUUUGCGCUCGAAAAAUGCAUUGAAAAAGUUUGGCCAAGUUUUUCGAAAAAGUUAUAGAAGUAUUGUUGGUAUUUUAAUUUAAAAACACUUGAUUUUGUACACCAGUCGCAAAAACCCGCCAAACCUCGCUGCGAUAUGCCAUUUUGCUACUAACCUCGCAGUAAUAUGCCGCAACAUUUUAUGAGAAUUGAAAUUUUAUGAAAAAAUGUAGAAAUUAAGCAGCUUUCGGUCUCAAAAUUGUCCUAAACAUUAAAAAAAAUCAAUUUUUCCUCUGAAAAAAGUUCCAAACAUCUUUCUUUGCGAAAUCCAAUUUUUCCAGACAAUAAGCGAACAAUUGGACAUUUCCGAAUUCUUUCUGAACCAAUGUCUUCUUCAACUUCGACAGAAAAAGAAAAAGAACGUGUUGGAUAUCAUUCAUCAGUUAGUCAAUUUGCCACGUGGUCUCUUCAUUAUCCAAUUGUCAAAAUGAUUUCGGAUGGAACACCAAAACCUGUGGUUUCGAAAAAUUUCGAUGAAGAAUUGAAUUGUGAUUUGCAUGUCGUCACUUUUAGGUAGGAAAUUUUGUUUUUAGAAUUUUUAAAGUACAUAAAAAAACGUUUUUCUUCAGAAGUUUGGCUGGCAAAACGUCGUAUGAAAAACAGGAUGAACAAUCUACAGCUGCUGAAAAGAAAUCUGCAUUGAUUGUUCAUCGAAUUGUUCCUGAUUGUCGAUCUCGAAUAACAUUGGAAGAUCAAGGUUGCCAAUCUAGAGAUCAUUCGAUUUCACCGCUUGAAAUUGUUCCAACUCUGAAAUCUGCGAAACAAACUUCACUUACUAAUUUAUAUGAAAAUUCGGAUUCUUCGAAAACGAAAUUCGAAAUUCAACCAAAUGAGGUUUCAAAUAUUCUUGUCGCUUGGUAA